AUGAGCUUCAAUCUACCCAAUCCUGGACUCAUAGGAAUCCUUCUCAUCAUAUCAACUCAUAGUGGUCCUCAAUUAAUCUAUAAAUAUCCAGAAGACAUCAAUGGCAAGAAUUCAAUACGAUCAAAUGUCCCCAAAUUUAAAGAUUUUAAUAGUAUAGAUACUUAUAAUUAUGAUGAAGGAGAAGUCACCAAAGGUCUUAAUCAACAAGUAGAUAUAGACGAUGAAGAUGAUGAAGAUGAAUUAUAUAAACCAAAGAGAAGUGAAGAUUCCCAAGAUUUAUUUGAUGAACGUGAUUUAUUCGAAUUUGGUGAUUUAAGUUUUCAAGCUUGGGAUUCUCAUCAUUUAGAUCAUUAUUUAGGAACCAAAUUAGAUUUGAAACAUUUCUUAGAUGAACAAGAUAAUAGAAGGAAAUAUUUUCAUAGAUUAAAGACAGUUGCAAGAUCGGCGAGUCCUACAACUGGUGCAGCACAAGCUGCUAGGUCACAUUCGCCAUCACCAGUGAAUGAUAAACAAUCAAAAAGCCCCACUAUUAGUCAAUCGCCAUCGAUUACAACAAAUACAGGCACAACAACAACAGCCACUCCUACUAAUACUACCGCCAAUUCUGCCAACAAAAAUGAAAUAUUCGGAAUUGAUCCGGCAUAUCUUUGUGAAAUGUUAGCACCACCAAAAAGAAUGUGUAAUACAAGAUUCGAAAUUACAAUUGAGGAUAAAAUAUUCUUGGGAUUGCCUAUACAUAGAUAUGAUAAUGGACUUUGGAGGAAUGAAAAGAAACAACCAAAGCAUCGUUAUCACGAUAGCGAAGAUAUUCGUGAGGAAGAAGAUGGGAAUGACCACAGUUUACAAGAAGUAUUUCAGGAUUCAACUAAAAUUGAUCUGUAUGAUAAUCUUAAUGGAAAAGCCAAAUUAAAUCUUAAUAUGUUUCAUUUGGUAUUUGUGAUGAAUCCACUACAUAUAGAAAGUACCUAUCGUGUUGAUGAAAUGUUUCAUUAUGUGAUAUCUCGAUUAUCACUUGUCUUGCGAUAUGAACAACUGAAACAUGAGUAUAUCAGUAAUGAAGUGAAAUUAAUCCUAAAUCUAAAGGAUCAAUUUGAAGCUGGUGAUAAAGAAUUACACACUGCCCUAUUGGAAAAUUCCUCAUUAUGUAAUUUAAUUCGUGAUUGUUAUAAUUCAAUAAGUACUUCAAAAAUUGCUAAUUUAUCCAUAAAUGAUAAAUUAAGAUCUUUUCAAAUUCCAAUCAAAACUGAAUUUCAUUCUUUACCAGAUGCACUGGUUCCUUAUAUUCCGGGAUCUCAUUUAUCCUCAAAUGUUGAUUUAUUGAGUACUACCGGUUUGAUUAAUGUUGGAGAAACUUCAAGAUAUGGUCAAUCAUUCUCGAUGUUUAAUAAUAACAAUAAUUCUAAUGAUGAUGAAAAUCCAGAAGAUGUGAUUAUUUAUUUUGCAUUACUAUUGCUAGAUGAACCAGAAUCAAUAAUUAGAGAUAUAAAAACCGAUAAAGAUAGUACAUUAGCUAAAUUUAUUCGCUUAUGUGACCCAAGACAAUCAUUAAUCAAAUUAACUCUCCAAUCCAAACAUUUGUCCAUUUUACAGAUCAAAUCAUUCGCAUUCCAUUUAAUAUAUUGGAGAAGAGCAAGAGUUAUACAACCAUUAUCUACUAGAUCAGUAUAUAUCGUAUCUCCAAUGGCUCCAAUUUCAGUGAAAUUAUUUGAUGAUAUCCAAUCUUUUAAACUGAAAUUCCCAACAUUACCUUCCUUACCGCAUUUUCUUAAAUUAUUAUCACCCCAAUCAAGAAAACCACAACAAUUCGCCGCCGUGAUCCCAUCCAAAGAUCAUAGAGUAAGCUAUUUAGAGGCAUUGGGCUGGUUGAUUAGAUUUGGAUAUGUGACUCAAUUACAGACGUUCAUAUGGUUGAAAAUAUCUAAAAGGAUCAAAAUUAAAGUGGAGGAAGAUUUGGAGAAUGAAAAUUUAUUAAAAAGGAAGAAGAAAAGUAUAACUGUUACUUCGGCUGAUAAUACUUCUAAGCCGAUUGAUAAUUCUUCUAAACCCACUGAUAAUUCUUCAAAAAUAGUUUCAGAUCAAGGAAUCGGGUCCCAGCUGCAAGAUCAGGGAAUUGAGAAAAUAAAAGAACAUCUUAAAAAGACAACAAUUGGUCCAAAUGUAACCUUGAUAGAAGAUGAUGAUACUAUUAUACUCGAUCCAGGAAGAGCCACCACAUUGGAAAGGAGAUGGAUUAAUAAGAUCAUUUCAGAAGAAUGUAAAUUAUCACCAGAAUUAACGGCAGUAUUUUAUAAAUUAUUGAAAUAUAUGAAUGGGAAAAGUUCAUUAGAAUUGUUGUUACUAAAGGAAAAUGUCUCAAGAAAUGAAUUAAGAAAAUUGUUGUUUGCAAUUGAAGAUCAUAUAAUUUCUGUAAGGCAUUGGUAG